GCCGCUCGUGCUCGGAGGAGGCCAAGCUGGACCUGCGGGUGCUGUACCUUCGCAGGGUGCACCACUUCUGCUUCUACGCGGCCGAGUGGUGCCCCGACGAGUGGGAGCUGCGCGAGCGCUGCGGCACGGGCAUGGUCCGCACCGCGGUCGAGGAAGAUGCUGGAGCAGUGAAGCCUGGCCCAUGGACCGACGCUCACGAGAAGAGGCUCGCCGCGUUCCUCGAAACGAGCGGGCUGAAGCAGCCUAUCCCGAUGAGCAGUGACGAGCAGGUGACGUUGAAGGAGAAGUCAACUGAGCUCCUUGAAGAGAAGACCAAGCAGAUCGCCGAGGGCAAGUAUCAGUGCACGGCGUGCAGCAAGCUUUUCCGUGGACCAGAAUUUGUCCACAAGCAUCUCCGCAAAAUACACACGGACCUCUUCGAGGCCAUGCAGAAAGAUAUCUACGCAGAGGCUGCGCGCAAGGCCUUCCUUGCAAACCCCAUCCGCUCGGCUGGGAUGCAGCAGCGGACGGUUGCGUAGAAACCUGCACGCGUUGGAGUUCAGAAGGUAGCAAGCAGGGAGCUGCACAAUUCACGAGCUCACAUUUUUGUUCUCGACAGGGUCGUCGAUGCUCUCGAGGCCAGGCGAGGUUGCAGCACGCUUGGAUCAUUAUAUUGCUGCGCACUCGCCAGGGAUGGCAACAGCCAGGCUCGCAUUUCCCCAACUCGCCUCCUCGCCCUAAUCGGGGGUGCUGAUCCCUCCUGGUGUUCUGCAGUGCCCAGCCCGCGACCCUCGAUCCUUACGAAUUCGCCUCGGCGCUUUUGUCGAAGGUGCAGCGAGAUGCCAGGGGGGGCAGGAUGCAGACGGCUGCCCCCUGGCAGCAUGUGUGGGGUAAUUGUGCUGCCAGGGCACCAGGUCUUCCUCAUCCCCUCCCUCCUCGCACUUCGCCUUCUCCCUCACGGUCGUUGCCACCGCCUCGCCUCCUUCCUCAUUCCUCUUCUCGUAGGGCACAACAUGGGCGCCGCCCGCCUUGUGCUGGCACACUAGGUGCCGAGGUCUUGGACCGGCAAUGUGGGAGUUGCCUGUCCGUCAGGCCACCGGGCUCCGCGUUUCAGAAAAGGGCGCGCCCCCUGCAAAAGGGCGAAGGGGAA